AUGAGUCUUGAUCCCAAUGCCUUUCCGAGGUCGAACUCCCCCGCAAGCUCCGAGAGCUCCUUGACGCGCUCCCGUCUACAAGGCAAGGAAGGGUCCCUCAAGAAAGACAAGAACUACCGCCGAUAUGCGUCUAGUGUUGAACGAGCGCUUUCGCUCUUCGACAACGCUCUCCAAGAAUGGGCCGACUAUAUCUCAUUCCUGGGUCGCCUGUUAAAGGCCCUCCAAACCCACCCACCCGAUCAGCCUGUCGUCCCUCAUAAAGUGUUAGUAUCGAAGCGACUCGCCCAGUGCUUGAACCCAUCGUUGCCAUCAGGCGUACACCAAAAAGCACUCGAAGUCUACACGUACAUAUUUGGAUUGAUAAAGCUCGAGGGAUUAUCGCACGACCUGCCUUUGUACCUCCCUGGCCUUGCGCCAACAUUGACUUUCGCCUCUCUUACUGUCCGCCCAUUAUUUCUGUCUUUGGUAGAGGGAUACAUCGUUGAUCUGGAACCAUGGGCUAUCCGUCCCGCCUUGAAAGCAAUCAUUCUAGCCCUUCUUCCAGGCCUCGAAGAGGAGACAAGUGAGGAUUUUGAGCCAACACUACGCACAAUUAACAAACUGCGAGAUGCUGCUGCACAGCUUGAAACACAGAGGACUUCUGAGACCGGGGCAUCUGGGCAGUAUUUCUGGCAAUGCCUCUUUCUUGCAUCUAUCACGAACCCUAGUCGACGGCUUGGUGUCCUCGCAUAUCUGAACCGCUACCUCCCGAAACUAGGUAUUGCAGAUCGUCGACCGAGCACGGCUGGCGGGAGCGAUCCGCAGAACAUUCCGCCUGAGAUACUGGCCGCAGCGGACUCUGUUAUUCUACCGGAGCCUGGCCUCUUGAUCCGAUGUGUUGCAUCGGGCUUAUCUGAUGACCAGCUCCUUGUCCAACGGAACUUCCUUGAUCUCCUUGUCACCCACCUUCCACUCAGCUCUCCGAUUUUGCAAAACAAAAUUGCAGCUGGUGAUCUUCAAACGUUGGUAAUUGCAGCAGUGGGAGUGGUCACUCGGCGAGACAUGAGUUUGAACCGCCGUCUCUGGGCCUGGUUUUUAGGACCGGAUUCCCAAAACGAUGUCUCUUCGGUGGAUGACCGAAAAUUGUCAUCGGAAACCGCUCGAUCUUCCUCCGUUGAUGGAAAGGAACUUACACAAUCACAAUACUUCAGCCGGGUAGGCUUACAGCCAUUGGUCACUGGCCUACUGGAUAUGAUCAAACAAGCACCGAAUAUUCCGUCCGAAAGAACCAAGCCAUUUCGCAUAGCUCUGUCGCUAAUGGAUCGCUGGGAAAUUGGUGGAUACAUUGUCCCUGCUGUUUUCUUGCCCACUGUGCGCAGUGUUCAGGCAUUUGAAUCCACAGCCCCCGAGAACCACUUCGAAGAGGUUUUCCGCAGUGCGAGCGCCUUUUUUGAUGGCGUUGAAAGUGGUGUGAUAUUCUCCGAGCUUCUGGGGCUGGUCGAUUACCGGUAUUCUGAAGUAGACGUUGAUAGCGACCAAGUGUUGCGUGACUUGGAUCUUGCACUAUUUAUCAUUGAGAAUUUCAACGUGCGCGAGGAAGACAUGGUGCAGAUCCAUGUGCCUCUGCUGGCAUUGUCAGUGCUCGUGAAGAUGAGAGAGAUUUCACCCAAGGAGAGCACUCCCAACAAACAGGCCGUGACCGCCGCGUUGAACAAAGUUCUCAAAUCGUUGACUGGUUUACUCACAGAGCGGGCAUUCUUGAGAAAGACGGGUCCUGAAAAGACUGCUGGCAACGAUACAAAGGGCCGUGGUACUGAUAUCUUGAGAGCUGUCCACAGUUUUUAUGAACAAAGCAAAAAUAGCUUGGAGCUUCCACCUCUUCCUUACGCUCCGAAGAACCUUGGCGAAAUGAUCAUUCGAGAGGCUCACGAACUAGCUAUCGCGGCGCUAGAAAGCCGUGAUGGCAACCUAUCUGUCCACGAACCACUCGAUAUUCUUGUGACUCUGCUCAAGAAGCUUCCAAAGUCCCGCGUUCUACGAGACCGAAGACUGUAUGAAGCGCUCUGUCAGCGACUAGGCUCAGGGAAGGACAAACCAACAACCGCCUCCUUCUCUGUCAUAUCGACAAUUGCUUCGACGGUGACGAGCUUAUUUUUCAUUCACACUCCCGGCUUCUAUGUCAGCUAUGAGGAUGCUUGCGAUCUGAUCACCCCUCUUGUCAACCAGCUCUGGUGGUACUUAUCCCCCCCUCAGUCCAAAGUUUCACGUGGAAGCCCGUCCUUGACAGCUUUAAUGGUCAAUGUGUCAACUGCAGCAUCCCGCCACCUCUCGUCGGAGCAACAAGCUGAGCGAUUCUAUGUCUUGUGGAACCACAGUCAUCACAGCACACAUGAGCAGCCGCCAAAGCAAGUGCUUGAUGUUGGAGGGACCCUGUUCUCUUAUCAAUGUUCGAUGCUUGAACGCCCCCUUUUCAUUGUCCUCGAUCUUCUCUCCGAAGAGUCAAGUGACAGUUCGCAGAGUGUUCAACUAUGGCUUCAAGACUUGCCAUCUAUUCACAAAGUUUUCCAUGUGGUAAUCUCGAACCUUGAUGAGCUUUCUGAGCCUGAUGAAAUCAGCGAGAAAAAGAAAGACAACCACUCAAUUUCCCCGGAUGACUAUAAAGAGUGUGACUACCUGCUACGGACAGCCUCAAAUAUCAUAUCUGCGCUUUCGCACAAUGGAUGGAUCGCACUUCUUACUCAUGUGCUAGGCAAUGAGAAGCGUCUUGAAACAUCCAAAUCUGAAGAUAAUGCAGACUUCAAAAGCCUCCAUUCUGCCAUAUUCGAGGCUUCUCUUCGAAUCAUCAGCACACUGUCCCCAGCUCCUAUGGAAUUUAACUUGGAUGGGGAACGACUGCAUAAGGACGCACUCCAGCUCAUGCGGCAACUUCUCCUUGGGCCCGGGGCGGAGGAAUUAGUGGAGUCUGGCAUUGAUGAUUUCCUGGUGGAGCGCCUUCUUGUCUCUUCCGAGGGGGGCAGUAUGGCGGUGCAGGGUGCACUAAUCGACGCACUGCUUGCUGCGUUGAAGGUGCGAUUUGCGCAAGCAUAUCUACCACCACCGCCACCUCGCCCAAAACAUUUACGAGCUAGCUCUCGAGACCGGCUGACCAGUCCUUCGAUCUUGUCUUUCACUAGUGACAAGGGAGACAGGAGACAAUCGGUCCCUCAGCUACCGCAGCCACCAGAGCGGCUUUUGGAUUGCCUUCUGAAGGGAAUCAGCUCACCUAAGUCCCGAGAAAUUGUGGACAAGUGGAUAGUGUUGCUCUGUGAGGUGCUCCCUCUAUACUCAGGUUCCAUAUUCCAGAUCCUAUUGAUGCUCGUGGAAUGUUUCUGCAGGGAGAUUCGAGCGUCAUAUGGCAGACUCCAGCUGUCGUUCCAGCAAACAGAGGAUUGGCCGCAGGACCGUUCGGAGCAUGUCACAAUUGCUCUUCUGAGUGGCCUCGAGAACUGUAUCGCAAAUGCCCACGAACGUCUCAUUGUGGAGGAGUCCAACGUCCCAACAGUCAAGAGCCCUGACCAAGCGCAGGGCUUUUUCGGAAACAUGGUGUCUGGGAUGCCGUUCGCCUAUGCUUCUCCAUCUGGGCGUGGGGGUGCAGGAGAUCACAGCGACUCUCCCCCUGAUUGCGAAUCCCUGGCCUCGUUUCAAUACACCUCGUUGCGAAUGAGAAACCGCUCACGGCGAAUCUUAGAGCACUUUUUCACCGCAGAGGCACUUGAAUGUCUUGAGACCUUGGUGGAAAUGUGGACCAAGGCUGAUACGGAGACAGCGUCACUUAUCUUCAAUCUCCUCCAUACUCUCGAUGGGUCAAGCCCAAAGAUCACCAUCCCUGCCAUUUUCAAUGCAAUCUACACUCGCACUAAUCCUACUGCCUUGGAUCCUAGCCGGAAAUCUUCGUUAACCUCCAAUCUCUCGGAGUCCGAGCUUGCUAGCUUCUUGGUUACCUAUGCCCGCUCACUGGACGAUGAUGUCCUCGACGAGAUUUGGACUGACUGCACAACUUUCUUGCGCGAUGUUCUUAGCAACCCAUUCCCGCACCGGCAGAUCCUCCCACGUUUGAUUGAAUUUGCGGCUAUUUUGGGGGUGAAAUUGGAGAAUACAACCUUUGGCGAAGACCGCCGUAUGCGAAAGGAACUUGGGGAUGUUCUCCUACGACUCCUUACCGCAGUCUUUACCAGCAAGCCCCUAGGCCUCAACCACGACACUGGGCCUAUGGCAAGAUCUUCGGUAGAACAUGAUCGUACCUCGGUCUCUCAUACUGGACCCGAUGAUAUGCUGAGCAUUCUGGCGGUCUCUAUGCCGUCGUUUAUCACGACCCUGGGUGAUUCAGAUCGGAUCAACACCGCCAUUACCAGUGUCUCGACUAAUCAAAUGGCAAAAGUACCAGCUGCGGCGAAAGUGUGGAAGAAGGACAUAUCGGACGCUUUCAAUGAUGUCCGAUUCUUUGGCUUGCAGUUGGAUUUGGUGAAGAACAGCUGGAUGGACCUUCUGCGCCAGUGGGCUCUCGCUGACAAGGAACGGCUAUCUGAACUCCUUGUCCGUCUUCCACCCCCAAGCUCAGCCGGUAUCAUGUUUGGCGUGGGAGCCUCGGCGGCCCGAUUGGAAGCCGAUGGCAAAGCGCAGCUCAACCUCCGACGAAUCGCGCUACUUCUGCUUUCCGCUAGUGAUGAUUACUUUGUUGGUGAAUUACCGGCGUUGCUCCAGAAACUGGAAGAUCUUCUUGCAGCAACCAGCUCCUCGUCGCCUUCUUCUGCCACGCGGGCGGAAGUGUUUAUGGUUCUUCGAGCAGUCGCGCUCAAGACCUCUACUUCCGCCAUGGCGCCAUUCUGGCCCCUGAUCAACACGGAACUGCAAGAAGCUAUCUCCGCAGUACCAGAGGGCUCUCAGCCGGAGCUCUACAACUCUUACUCGAUGCUUCAGGCGUGCAAGCUUCUCGACAUAUUGCUUGUCCUCGCCCCGGACGACUUCCAGCUCCUUGAAUGGCUUUUCAUAACCGACACGAUUGAUGCUGUCUAUCCGCCCGACCGCUGGGAGCCCGUCGCUCUAGCAGAUGAAGUUUCUCAGUCUUUCGGUCCACGUGGUGCAGGCUCACCCACUGUCCCGGCGGAGACGAUCGAGCCCCAGGGUCGCAGUGGUCUUAGGCGGCCGUGGCUUAUCUCAGACUGGAUCCGAGAGACACCCAAGGACGAUAUUGUUGAGCGCGUCCUGCGCCCAUUCUUCGCUCGGUUGAGUAUUUAUGUGUUUGAAAGUACGUACGGCAUGGGCAGCGUAGAUUUCGCAGUGUGCCGGAACGAUCUGUUGGCGGAUCUCUUCAACGAGAGUACAAUGGCCAAUUAA